AUGAAUGACUAUAUUUAACUCGGAACAGGGUCGGGGAAACAAGUUUAAAAAGAGGACGAGAUAUGGGUCACACGAAUGGAGUGUGGACCAUAAGAAGGCUCCCCUUUGUAAUUCCCUGCAUUUGUUAUCUUGGAUGACAGCCCCUCCAUAAUUCCUUCUUGUAUAUUUGGCUCUAUUCAUACUAAAGGAUGCCCUCUUCCUCCCACUUCUUUUUCCAAGGCUACCUCCAUUCCAGAGCCACACCAUCAAGCAAGUGCUGAUCACAUUGGGAGACAAGGAAUCGGAGAGAGCACCGAACAGAGCUGCAAUUGUUAGUUGGCCAUCCAAAUAGUGGUAUGGCGAAGAGCCUUGCUCCCUACGACCACUUGGUAGAAGAAGACUACAUAGAUAUGGAUAUCAGCUCUGCCACCUUCUUGUACUACACCAUAUCCUCCCCUCCACAUUCUAGAGAAUUUGAAUUCCAAAUGUCUGCCAACCCAAGAGAUAGAGAAAGCACCACCUCCCCUGCCGAUGAGCUCUUCUACAAAGGAAAGCUCCUCCCUCUACACCUCCCGCCUCGCCUUCAAAUGGUUCAGAAGCUCCUCCAGAGCUCCACCAGCCCACCUCAUGCAAAGCCUCCAGAUGCCUUUGAAGAGAAGAUGGCCACCACUCCCAGCACCACCACCACCACCACCAACACUGCCGCAGGCACUCCAUUUGAGUCCUGCAACAUCUCUCCUGCCACUUCUGGCUACGCUCGUGGAAAGCUAAAUCCGGAGGACUACUUAUUCGAAUGUUCUAUCGGGCUCGUUCGAUCAAAUCCAAAGAAGUCUUGGUCCAAGACGCUCAAGUCGAUCAGCCACUCAUCUGUGGGUCUCAAGCUGAAGGCAUCGCGAGCUUACCUCAAGUCUUUCUUCACCAAAUCAAGCUGCUCGGAUGAGUCAUGUGCCCUCCCUAAAGCCAAGGAAUGCUCAAAUGGCCAUGCGAAGGCGGGGAAAAAGAAGCCGUUGGGCCAAAUUCAGAGAGAAAGAUACCCAGCGGCAGACAACAGUGCUGCUGCUCUCAUGAGGAGCAUUCAUGGUGGGAAGCCAAAUGAUGAAGAGUUGGGUCAUAGAAGAUCUUUUUCUGGUAUCAUUAAAUGGAAUUCGACAACCAAAUCUUCAUCUACCUCUUCAUCAUGCUCUUCCUCCUUUUCGAAUGCAAGUUCAAAUGGAUACUACCAGCCACAGAUUCUGAAGAGGAGCAGCAGUUUUAAUUCUGAAGUGGAGAGCUCCAUCCAAGGGGCAAUAGCCUACUGCAAGAAGUCCCAAGAGCAGGUAUGCGCGAGAAAGAGUGUAAGUGAUGUUGGGUAUUAUUCUGUCUGCUUCUAGGAUUAUUGCUGCAGCUUGUGAGAAUCAGGAGAGACCCGCCCUUUGCAGGGAUGAGGAGGAUAAGAUCAGUACUUGAUAUAUGUGGUUUUUGUGAGUUUUUCUUUUACUAGUUUCUGAGAAUUUGAUUUUGCUACGCUUUGAGGAUUUGGUUGUGCUUUACUUCAGCUGGAGAUGGCUAAGAAUUGCAGGCCUAAUCAUGUAUGCCAAGAUUAAAAGCUUCAUUCAAAUCCAAACUUCUUAUAACGACUAA